AUGACUGAGAUAAAAUUCAAACACACUNCACCUCAUUUGUCAGAGACUCCCAGCGACACCAAGCCAUCCCUUCUCUCAGAGAAGCCAUACCCCCCUUUCUCUCUCUUUAUCUCUCUCUUUUACGCUCCAGAGACACCACCAGGAACACCACCACCAUCGCCACUUCAUCUGCAACACCACCACAUCGCCAGCGCCAUCGCCAGCGCCAACGACACAGCCACCACCACUGCCACAGCCACAAUCACAACCACACCACUCCCAGAUUUCAGAGCAGCACAUUCUCUGUUGCCAAAAUUGGUACAAAUAUCAUGGCCCAAGGACAAAAGAAUAAGGUAUUUAAUUUUUGUUACAUGUGUUCAGUAGAAUGACUUCGAGGUCGUGGAAUUGGGAGAAGUUUUGGCUUGGAAAGUUUGAGUAUUUAGUUUUAUUGAUUUCUUCCAAGGCCUAGAUUUUCAUGUUUCUAAACGUGGAAAGUCUAUGAUUUUUGGUGGGUUUAUUGAAUAAUUUUGAAAUUUUGAUACAUUUUUUGUCUUUGGAUUUUGUCAGAAUGUCUGUAUGUGUAUGGUAGGUUAUUUAAUGUAUCAAAAUGUUUGUUUGACUUCAUAUAGCUUUGCUUAAGCAUAUAGCUAAUGAUUCCACUUUUCAUUUUUUUUAGUUCAUAAUACUUUUGUGGGUGGAAUCUUAAUUUGGCUAGCGUGUGACUACUAGAGGAUGGUCAUUUAA